CAAUCAACUAGCGGCAGUAAAAGCAUCCAACUGAUUAAAUUGAAAACUGAAAACUAUAGGCGACUGGAUAAGGAAGAACUGGUACAACCGUCAAAGACUCUUGGCUCUCAACCACAUUGAAGAACUCGAGUUGCAAUACAAGCACACACAGAUAAACAAAUGUGUCUAUAUUUGGGUGUCGCGGAGCACCUAGUCGAUGUUGUUGCAUAUUGCGUUUGCCGAGUGUUGGAGCUGUCUCUCUUCACCUUCAUGAUGAUGUGCGGCACGGCCAAGGCGAAGCUCGCAGCUGUGCAUCGCACCAAUGAGUUGGCCGAGCAAUGACAAAUAUCCGCAGUGGCUGACGGCGAUUGCAACUGCUGGAUGAACUAUUGCCACAAUGUCUAGCAAGGGUCAGCUACUGGCAGUGGGACGUGGAUAAUGGCGAGGUGUUUGAUUUCAA